GAGACGAUCGAUCAGAAAAAUGUCGGUAAUAAAAUACAGUUGAUUAGAAUCACUAUAAAAUUCAAAAUUUCAAGUAACAUGUUUAAAAUCAAGCAAUUCGAACCACAGGAAAUUUCUCCAAAAUUAUGAACAGAAGUUUCCUUAGAUUUUUAAUUGAUCAGUAUGAUUACAUAAACGUUACUGAUAUUUGAGGCUAUAGUGAUCGAAGUGGUUUUUCCAAUUUGACAUUUUCCUACGAUAUGAACGCUUUCGCGGAUAAUCCAUUUUUCUUUAUCGUGGAUAAUAUGCCGCCUAUAUCUUCUGUGAACGCGUCAAAGAAUGCAAGAAGGAUCGUCGAAUUAUCGGAUACCGGUUGUGACGCUAGGUUAUCGGUAUCUACUCUUCUGCGGAACGCUACUCGUUAUUAUUCUUCGGAAUCUGCUAAGAUGAGAUCGAAAGAAUAUUGGAAACCGCGUUGCGAAAAGAAGUAUACGAAUAUACCGCUGGGGGAGAGGUUACGAAGACGGUAUGAGCAGGAUGUGAUGGAUGCUGAGGAAUCGUAUCUUGGACCUGCGGAGGAUGGAAGUCAGAAUUAUUGGCAAGAAUAUUCCAUGUACGACAUCAACGAAGACGUUGAACACGGAAGAAAGUCAAGAAUCGCAUCUGAAAGAGUACCUCCUAGGAUCCCCGAGUACAAUGGUCGCUACGACCACAGUGUACCGCAACGAGUUCCAAAUCUACCCAGAAGCAAUUCCCCAUUUCAACCUCCCUUUCCUAGAUCAAAAAUCACCGCAGAUCGUCUGCAAACCCCCCGUUUUAGUUACCUAGCUUCAGAAUUGAGUUCUUAUGAUCGGGGAAGAAGAAGAUCCAUGGAACAAGAUUAUGCUGAAGAAUUCAAGGAACUGCGACAUCCGAGAAGCCAUAGAGAACAUUGGCAGAGAAACAACGAAGAAGUCUUUGACGAGAUCGCGCAUCAGAGUCACAAUUUUUCGAAAUAUUCUAGAAGGCCAUCUUCAGCGAAGUCGAGCGACGUAAAUGAAACAAAUGGAGAUAAUAUUCGAUCUGCACCGCGUUCACCCAUCACCGAUCGUCGGAAGAGGACUCAACCCAUCUCUAAAACGCUUUACCAAAAUGCGGAGAGCCAGUAUGACAUUCAAGCUUCUCAAGAUCAUGAAAGUUUGAAGAAUAAUGAAGGAGUGGGUUCUAGUCGAUCCAGUGAGAAAUUAAAACGUUUCGUGGAUCGCGCAGUGGACAAAGACAGUCUGUCCGACAUUUUGAAGUCUGAGCGUCUUCCUAAAAUGGUGGCCGAGCGUCCGGUAGUCAAGGAGGAAGCGAGAAGCAGUUUCUGGGAGUUUAUUUCGCUGGAAGACGACGAUGACAAGAAAAAGGCGCAAGAGAAGAAAUCUGUGUGGCCUAUGAAGAAACGUCAGACGCAAAAUGCAAGUGUUACAGCAAAAAUUAAGAAGAAAAGUGAACAGAAGAGUCCUGCUAUUAAAACGAUCGAGGAGGAUGUAACAGAAAGGAAUAAUAAUAAGAACUCUGACGAACAAACGAAGUUAAGCACAGAUUUACCAUCGAAAGAGGCUGAAAAGACAGGGAUGAAUUUUGUGGAGAAAACGGUAGCGUGUCUGAAAAGGAAGAUCGAGAAACCGAGGGUUGAGGAAGCUUCGAACGAUGCAGGUCAAAGUUGUACAGUAACGACGGAGAAGAAGAUCAAGUCAGAAGGGUUCACUUAUUCUAGACUGCCGAUAAGAAUUGGACGCCGUAUGAAAUUGAAAAAUCCGAUAUCUACGAGGAUGAGGAGUAAUGCGGAGGGAUGUAUAGGUUCGAAGGAAGAUUGUAAGGAUGUAGGGGUAGAGCCUUCGGUUAGAUCCAGGACUAAGCCGAAGGCGAAGUCGACUUUGUUGGAUAAUGUGGAUGGGGAUGCGGAAGCGGAGUAUUCGAAAUCCUUGGGAAAUGUGCUGCAGGUUGCUGAAGUUAAUAGUUACGAGCAUAAUGGGUACCGUUUAGUAUAUCUACUGGAUAUGUAUAGUUUUUUUAAUUUAGAUGGAAAUCAAAAAGGAGACGAGAAUAUGCUGAAAAAUAACGUACUCGAUAAACCAAUGUACCAACCUGAUGAGAAGUUAACAAAAGAAGAAAAAUUAGAAAGUACUACUAACAAAACACGAAUUGGAAGUCCAAGACCAUUAAACAUGACCGGGGAUCACAGAAAAAAUGAAACCCUCAGUCCUCGAGGAAGGAAACUGACUCAAGGAAGUAGCCAGUCCAAAAGAAUUGAUAUUACAAAAAAUUGCUUAAAAGAUAAUUGUUUUCUACACGUGCACGACGAAGAAAAUAUAGUUUGUAACGGUUAUUGUACUAAAGAUUGCGGGAAAUCACGUUGCUUUCAAUCUAGAAUACCUAUAGCCAUCAAAUCUCGAUUAUAA